UUGGAUGCCCCUGAGUCAAGUGCUCUCAACCAAUGAAAUUGAAGUCCAACAGAAAGAAAAUGGAGACACAGGCUUGACUAGCCAGCACCAGUAUUUACAAUUCAUGGCUCUGGAAUACCAAAUUCUGAUAAUUUUCAACAUUAAAAAGAUCAUUUCUAUGGUUGCUUUUAAGCAGGGCAAGCCAAUUGUUUUGAUGUCACAAUACCCAAAAUUUAAAAACUGUGUAUUCUGUGCGCCCCCCAUCCCUAACGCCUUCAUCUCCAUUUACUAAACAAGAUCAACAGAAAAGCUGUUCCUGUCCGAGAGGUACAAACCCAAAACAGAAACUAUCACCAGCCCCUCUUUCCAAGAAACCAGAAAGGAGAUUCCUUUUCCUUAUACCUUUCCGAACCCAAAAUGAAAUAACAGCUGUAAAGCAAGAAAACCAUAACAAUCUUUCAUUCUUACCACCACCAAUCUCCAGAGAUUGGAACCCUAACCCUAACCUCUCAAAUCAAGAAUCACAAGCAUAAAAGAAGAAACAAGAUAAUCUCCACAUUUUCGCUCAAGAAUGUCCCAGAUGAAGCAAAUGUCACAUCUUGACCACAUUCCAUCAACGCCAGGCAAAUUCAAGAUGGACAAAUCUCCAUACCCAUAUAACCGAGUUAGGUGGCCUUCAUCUCUGGCUAAACUCACAUUCUGGUCUCUUGUCUUUAUUGGCUUGAUUUUCCUCUUUUUUUAUCGAUCCCCUUCAUCAUCAAUCAAUCCUCCACAGUCCGAUCUAUCCCGCCGCUCUCUACGGAGUUCCUGGGGCGGCUCCGCCUGGGAAAAAAGGGUACGAGCAUCCGCCAGAAUCCGCUCUCGGAAUGGGUUCUCUGUACUCGUCACUGGCGCAGCCGGGUUUGUUGGGACACACGUUUCUGCUGCUUUAAAACGCCGCGGUGAUGGCGUUCUGGGACUUGACAAUUUCAACGAUUACUAUGAUCCAUCUCUGAAACGAGCUCGCCAAGCGCUUCUUGAACGUACCGGGGUUUAUAUUGUGGAAGGAGACAUAAAUGAUGUAGCCUUGUUGAAGAAGUUGUUUGAAGUUGUGCAAUUUACACAUGUGAUGCAUUUGGCUGCUCAAGCUGGGGUUAGGUAUGCAAUGGAAAACCCUGGCUCUUAUGUGCAUAGCAACAUUGCUGGUUUUGUUAGUUUAUUAGAAGUUUGUAAAAAUGCAAAUCCACAGCCUGCGAUUGUAUGGGCGUCUUCUAGUUCUGUUUAUGGCCUUAAUACGAAAGUACCCUUCUCUGAGAAAGAUAGAACUGACCAACCUGCUAGUUUGUAUGCUGCUACUAAAAAGGCUGGAGAGGAAAUUGCGCAUACUUAUAAUCAUAUUUACGGUCUUUCCCUUACUGGGUUGCGAUUUUUCACCGUUUAUGGUCCAUGGGGUAGGCCGGAUAUGGCUUACUUUUUUUUCACUAGAGAUAUUUUGAAAAGGAAGAGUAUACCCAUUUUUGAAGCGGCCAAUCACGGGACCGUUGCUAGGGAUUUUACCUACAUUGACGAUAUAGUGAAGGGUUGCUUGGCUUCAUUGGAUACUGCAGAGAAGAGUACUGGGAGUGGAGGGAAGAAGAAGGGCCCAGCACAAUUGAGGGUUUUCAAUUUGGGAAAUACAUCUCCUGUACCUGUUACUGAUCUUGUGGGCAUUUUGGAAAGGCUUUUGAAGGUGAAGGCCAAGAGGAAUAUUAUGAAGUUGCCUAGGAAUGGGGAUGUUCAGUUUACACACGCCAAUAUUAGUUUGGCUCAGAGCGAACUUGGGUAUAAGCCCACCACAGAUCUGCAGACAGGGUUGAAGAAGUUUGUGCGAUGGUACCUCAGUUACUAUCAUGUUGGAGGGAAGAAGGCAGAUGCAUGAUGAAUUUAAUUCUUUCAGUUCUGUGUUCGGGUACUUGAAAAAAUUUAUUGUUCAUCAUGAUUCUUGUGAUUGUUUUUUCUUAACAUUUCUAUGGUCGAUCAUUGCACGAUUAUUGUCUUUCCUUGUACGUUUAAUUGAUGCUAUGAGGAGGAAUACAAAUCCUACGUUGAAGAAGAUUUUGUGGUUGGUGGAUAUUGUUCAAUGGGCAUUCCCAAAGUUGUAUCAAAAGUAAAACAGAAUCUUCAGUUUAUUCUAUUCUUAUUUUUUAAAUAACUGUUGUACUUUCGGAAUUGUAGAAUUCAUGACUGAUAGGGAAUAUGUUGAUUGUUAGACAUUCUAUGCAAUUUCAAUAAAACUGCCAUUUUUCUUC